CAAGUAUGCGGGAGGCUGAACUAGAGUCGUCGAUUCCGGCCAAUCGCUUGGGCAGCCGGCCCUGGAAGCUGCACGAAGGGAGAUCUCCAGAGGGGUUGGCCAUCGGAUCAAGGGCACGAGGGCGGGGGAGAGAAGCUUAAUCUAGGAUCGACUGCCACUGUUGCUCGCGGCCGACAGGCGACGUGGAGGGGACGGCGUGAUUCCAAGACGGCGGCAUGGGUGAAAGGGACUUCAGGAUGCUAACUCGGCACAACUCCAAGAAUUUGGGGCCGGACAAGUGGCCGGCUCCUGCCCGGGGCAUCAUCGGUAAUCAGACGCCGAUAUCAACUCGGCGCAGACUCGGCGGAGGGUCUGCCUGUCCGCUGGCUGGGUGUGGAGGAUGCCGCGAUGUCGGGCUAGUUGACUCUCAGCUCCACUGCUGGGGAUAUAAUGGCACAGCCGCUGGGCAGCGAGGGGCACGAGUUGUUUAUCAGCACGGUACCUUGCAGCUGGCGAGCAGGCGUCGGGAUGCUCGAUGCGGCGACUCCGGGGGAAACAGUGGAGGUUUGGAGGGAGGGGCGCGGAGACUCAAGGCAUCGACUCAUGGCGUCGACGCCGCGGCCGUGGGCUUACUCGAGCGGCCAUUCCGGCUCUCCCCGACCCACGUGCACGACAUCUGGGCCUCCGCAGGCGCAAAUUUCCGUGAUAACGGAGCAAUUCGCCAUUGCGCCUGGAUGCAGAAGGUACUAGCCCCUCGCGAACUGGAGGAAUCCGGGGCCUAA